AUGGCCCGGCGCGGGGAGGGCGGCGCGGCCCCGACGGCGCCGGCGGGGGCCCCCGCAGCGGGCACCCCGGGGCCGCCGCGGAGGGGGCCGUGCGAGCGGCGCCGGCUGCAGGCGGAGGUGUCGGAGCGGCUCAGCCAGGACCUGCUCAGGCUUCUAAGGGAAGAAAUCCAUACAGAUGUUACUUUCUCUAUAGGUUGUACUGUGUUCAAAGCACACAGAGCAGUCCUUUUUGCAAGGGUUCCUGACUUCUAUUUUCAUAGUAUUGGACAAAUAUCAAAUAAUUUAACAAAUCAGGAGCCUAUUGCUGUGGAGAACUUUGAAGCUUCAGAAUUUAGAACAUUUUUACAGAUUGUAUACUCAUCAAACAGAAACUUAAAAAACUAUGAAAAGGAAAUUCUUAGGAAAAAGAUAGGAGAGAGUGGGUUACCACAAACUAAACAUGACUUCAGUUUUGGAAAGUAUACUGACAAUGAUGGAAGACCGUCUUUAGAGCUCUUAGAUAAAACAUCACCUGAUUGUUCUCUUCUGAAGCAUGAAAUUCCAGAUAUCAACAAUGAAGAGGACAGUUUUAUUUCCAGUGAUAUUCAUGACUUGGAACCUGCAUCUGAAUUGGGAAAAGACUUAUUGAAUCUUUACAUGAAUCAUUGUUGCCCAGAUAUUGAUAUUUACGUGGAUGGAAAAAGUUUUAAAGCUCACAGAGCCAUUUUAAGUUCCAGAUGUAGUUAUUUUGCUGCGAUGCUGAGUGGCUGUUGGGCUGAAAGUUCUCAAGAGAACAUUACUCUUCAAGGUGUAAACCAUGUAGAAAUGAAUGUUAUGAUGUCUUUUAUAUAUGGAGGAACUUUGGACUUUCCAGACAAAGCUAAUGUUGGUAAAAUACUCAAUAUGGCUGAUAUGUAUGGACUAGAAGGAUUAAAAGAAGUAGCAAUCUAUAUUUUAAGAAGAGAUUACUGUAAUUUCUUUCAGAAGCCCGUCCUCAGAAGCUUGGCGUCUGUACUAGAAUGCCUGAUUAUCGCUCAUUCAGUUGGAGUGGAAAGUCUUUUUGCUGACUGCAUGAAGUGGAUUGUAAAGCAUUUUGCAAGGUUUUGGUCUGAGAGAAACUUUGCAAAUGUACCUCCUGAGAUUCAGAAACGUUGUCUUACCAUGUUGAUUCAGUCUUUAAAUGAUAAGAAUGCUGCUUUUCUUCUGAUGGAAAGUGACAGGCUAAUCAUCAGCUUGCCCAGAGUGAAGUGGACCGAAGCAGCACUGACUAUGGCAUCUCGGCUGCAGGAAGAAUGCAUUGCAUUUAUUGUAGAAAACUUCUCCAAGACCAUUCAGAGUGAAAAUUUUGCUCUUCUCUUACAGUCACAAGCAAUGAGCAGCACAGCUGAUUUGUUGGACAAAAUUUUAAAAGCAAUCGAAGAAAACAUUACCACUGAGAAUAGUUGCUCUCUUUUUAUGGCUCUGGACAAGUUACUGAACUCCGACAGUAUAAAAGAAAUGGGUUUUACGUGCAAGAUCCAGGCUGUGCGUGAUAAGCUGUGGAUCUUCCUGGUUCAGUCUUUCUACGCUGUUCGUCAUACAGAAAGCUGGAAGCUGAUGAGCACAGAUGAUCAACAGAAAAUCCAAGCAGCUGCAUUUGACAAAGGUGAUGAUCGAAGACUUGGUAAAAAGCCUAUAUUCAGUAGCUCUCAGCAAAGGAGACAAGUUUCUGACUCUGGUGUUAUAAAAAAUAAAUCUUUGAGAGAAAAUAAUAAGAAAACGUGCUGGAGGUGCCCCUCUGCUAAUCAAAAGAUGAAAUCUGAUGGAUUAGGAGCAUCUGGACAUUCAUCAAGUACUAAUAGAAAUACUAUAAAUACAACUUUGAAGCAUGAUAACUUAAAGGAAAAGAAUGGUAUAAAAAUAGCACCUAAGAUUACAAAAGAAUUAAAAUCUGGUGGGGGAAAUAUUUCUGGAAAGCCCAAAGCUAUAAUAAAACCCAGAACAGAGAACAACGAUAAUGCAAAGUCAGCAAACAUAUCACCUAGACAAGUUAUGGAAAGAUCAGCAAUAGCAGCAACAAAUGGACACAAAAUUGCACUAAAUGGAAAAAGAGUGAGAAAUCAAGAAGGACAGAUUACAGGUGCCAGACCCAAGGUACUCACUGGCAACUCAAAUGGGCAAGCCAGAGCAAAGCCUUUGAAGAAAGCCUCAGGGAAAGAUUCUCCAUGCCUUGGCAUCGCAAGACCCUCCAGCAGAUCUACAAAUUCAAGUGUGGAAUUAUUGGUUCCCAUUGAAUGUCUGGAUGAGCCAAAAGAAAACGGAUCAAUAGAAGAGAAACCAUCUGAUCAUGAACUGUCCUUUUCUGAGUUUCCAGGACAGACAGAGAAAAACUUUGUAGAGAGAAUCAAAACGUCCACUGUAGCAGUAAAAUCUCGACCUUUUUCGAAAGUUACCAAUGGAACUUCCAAUAAAAAAAGUAUUCACGAACAAGAAACUAAUAUAAAUAAUAGUGUGCUAAAGAAGGUCGCUAGCAAAGGAUAUAGUGAUCAAGUACCUCAGGCAAUUUUAAAGAAAAGAGGAAAUGACAAUGGAUGUGCUGCAGCUCAACAGAGGACAAGGAACGCCCCAUCUAAUCUUACUAAAACUCAAGGUUCCCAAGGAGAAUCACCCAAUUCAGUAAAAUCUUCAGUCUCUUCAAGGCAGUCUGAUGGAAGUGUGGCAAAGAUGAACCACAGUACAACAGAUAAACAGAUACCUAAGAGAAAAAUAGGUGUCAAGCAAGGGCACACAACUUUGCCUAAGGUUAAUGCAAAAAUAGUGGCAGUACCUAAAAACCUAACUAAGAAAGGUGAAACUUUGAAUAAUAAAGAUUCAAAACAGAAAAUGUUUCCUGGGCAGGUCAUAUUGAAGAGUCAGCCUUCUUCUCAAAAACCUUUAAAAAGUGAAAUAUCAGUUGUCCACAAAAGUAAUAAUAAUGGCGGUGUUACUGAGCAGAAGCCUCACAAGCCUCUGACUAACCUCACAGCCGAAAUCAGUGGUGCAGAAGCAUUACCCGCACCUGACCCACAAAAGCCAUUAAACAAUCAAGAGAGAGAGAAGUUGUUAUUGAAAUGCCAAAAUAUUUCAAAUCUGGAUGAAGCAAUAAAACAUGAAUUGGAAUCAAGAAAGAAUGGUUCAGAUAAAAGUGAAACACAGUUUUCCAAUCACAAAGAAACAGAUCAUUGCAGCACAUCUAAACUACAUGGUCAUUCUGAUGGAAGUGAUUGUGUGGAUCCAGAAUGUUAUAGCACCAUUGCCAUAAAAUCCAUGGUUUUAAACCCAAAGGAAAGCCUCUUGAACUCUAAUCUAGUUUGUGAUUUAGACUCAACAAACGCUCAGCAAAUGCAUUCAGUGUUAGGUAAGGAGGAGCCUGUAAGGAGAAAAGAUCCUAACAAAAACUUAAGCAUCAAAUAUGUGAAAGAAGCUUCACCUUGUGUUCCUGAAAGGACAAAUGGUACCUCACACACUAUUCAAGAUGACAUAAAAUCUAAUUUUCAUGAAGGACAGACAAUUCCUAGUCAGUUAUCUGAUGGCGCUGCUAUGAAUGAAGAUAAAUAUGCUACAGCAGACUCCUCCCAGUGUUUUUUGGGACAAAUAUCAGGGAAAAUUUCUCCUAAAGAUAUGGAAACAAUAGAUACUCCAGAGAGCCAUGAAAAUCCAGAAGCUCCAUUUGCAAGUCACUGGAAUGUGAGUACCGGUGUUCUGCAUCAGAGAGAAAGUCCUGAGUCUGACACUGGCAGUGCUACCACGUCCUCUGACGACAUAAAGCCCAGGUCUGAAGACUAUGAUGCUGGCGGGUCUCAGGACGAUGAUGGCUCAAAUGACAGAGGUAUUUCUAAAUGUGGCACUAUGCUGUGCCAUGAUUUCCUUGGAAGAAGUAGCAGUGACACCAGUACUCCUGAAGAAUUAAAAAUAUAUGAUAGUAACUUAAGAAUUGAAGUAAAAAUGAAAAAGCAAAGUAGUAACGAUCUUUUCCAAGUGAAUUCGACAAGUGAUGAUGAGAUUCCUAGGAAAAGGCCAGAAAUUUGGUCUCGAUCUACAACAGUCCACCCUAGGGAAAGAGAAAACAUUCCAAGAGGCAGUGUCCACUUUGCUCAGGAAGUAGACCAGGUUUCCUCCUCAGCAGAUGAAACAGAAGAUGAGAGAUCUGAAGCUGAAAACAUGGUAGAAAAUUUCUCUGUAUCUAACUCAGCUCCUCAGCAUUUUCAGGGGAUCAUUAACUUAGCUUUUGAAGAUGCAACUGAAAAUGAAAGUCACGCAUUUUCUGCAACUAAAAUUUUUAAAAGGUCAGUUUUACUUUCGGUGGAUGAAUGUGAAGAGUUGGGGUCUGAUGAAGGGGAAGUCCAUACUCCCCUUCAGCCUUCCAUAGAUUCUCUUUCACCUUCUGAUGUGUUCAGUGGCAUUUCUCGUGAACAUCCCAGAAGGACCUGCUCUUCCAGAGACUCACAGGGAAGUGAAGGCAGUUUUUUAGAACAUAAGCAAGAUAAAGGCAAUAAUGUAUGUGAAAACGAAAGCUUUCUCUUGGGCUUGAGUGGCAUUGACUCUUCAAGAAGAGAUAAACAGAAUGCUUCAGCCACAGGAAAAAUGUAUACAAUCAAUGUCCUGUCCAAGGGAGACAAACAACUUCUUCCAGAAAAUAAACAAGUAAACAAUGGAAGCAACAUAGAUAAUGACAUUCAGCAACGCAGCAAACUCUCAGAUAGUGAUACAAAAUCUCACGAGAGACCCUGUCAUUUGGAGCUCCAUCAAAGAGAACCCAGUUCUGACAUACCAAAGAACAGCUCUACAAAAUUUCCGGACUCCUAUCGGAGUCAGCUUCUGCCUCAGGAAAGUCAAGUGAAAGAGAGCCAUUCUACAGCCACUGAAAAAGCUAAUAUUGCUUUAUCUGCAGGAGACAUAGAUGAUUGUGAUACACUGGCACAAAACUACAUGUAUGACCAUCGGCCUUCAAAAAACCUCUCUCCAAUAUAUGAGAUGGAUGUAGUAGAAGCAUUUGAGCAGAAAAUGGAAUCAGAAACACACAUUACAGACAUGGAUUCUGAAGAUGAUCAACACUUUGCAAAACAAGAUUGGACACUAUUAAAGCAACUGCUCUCUGAACAGUAUUCAAACUUAAAUAUUACAGAUUCUGUUCCUGAAGAUUUAAAUUUAGCACAGUAUCUAAUCAAUCAGACACUACUUUUAGCACGAGACAGCUCAAAACCUCAGGGUCAAGCACAUGUUGACACUUUGAACAGAUGGAGUGAACUAACCUCUCCACUUGAUUCCUCAGCAAGCAUCACCAUGGCUAGUUUUUCCUCUGACGAUUGUUCACCCCAAGGGGAAUGGACAAUUCUGGAAUUGGAAACUCAGCAUUAA